GCCCGACCCAUAAGUCGACGUUGACAACCAUCAGCUGGAGCUACAGCAGAAACUUUCUGCUCAAUGUUUCAGUUUGCACACGAAUGGAAACCCGUGGAACCAUGCGGUGCGUCACCAAGUGACGUCCACACUUAGUCAAAGCAGUUACGCGCGACUCAGUGUGUGUGCGUGUGUGUGUCUGCUUGCAUGUGUGUGUGUGUGUGUGUGUGUAUGGAGUAACAUUGAAAAACGCCUGGGCCAGACAAUUGCCAAAAAAAGUGUAAAGAGCAAACAACGAACAAAGUGAGCCUUGACCUCAAGCAAUGCAAGUGCAAUACGAACAAUAACAUCACAGCAAAGCCAGCAGCAGGCAAAACAAAAGCUAGACAAUCGGAAAAGUCAGAAGUGGGCGCAACACGACGAGUCACUGCGAGUCAAUUAAGCAACUGUAAAAAAGCUAAAAUAAUAACGAGAAAUUAAACGUGCAUCAAAACGGAGCGAAAGCGAAAAACCUUUAUAGAACACUGACGACAAAAAAGAAGAAGAAAGCAAAAAGGAAAACUGUGGCAACAGCAGCAGCAACAGCAUCCGCUGCUCUGGAGCAUGGGUUCAUGCUUUAGCAGCUGUGUUACCGCCACCGCCACCGCCACCGCCACCAACUCCACCGCCACAAAUUCCACAGCCUCGUCGUCUUCCUCCUCGGCUAGCUCCACCACCUGCGUUACGGCCGUCGCCAACAGCUGGCUUCUUUGGCGCCGUCCCAGGGCGAGAGCUCGUGCAGCUGCCGCAGCGGGCACAGAUGAACCGGAAGCAGAGCUGCUGUCGGCCACCAGUGAACGAUGCCAGCGACGUGGCCUUGUCUAUCGCAUAUUAAAGUUCAAGCGGAAACAACAAUGUCCACAAUUUCUGGACAGGUAUUGGGAACAGCAGCCCAGCUAUGCGAAGCUGCAGAACGACAGUGCCCUGACGGAUAUACAGUUGCAAAAUCUGGAUGUACACAAGCUGCUGAAUGCCACGGCGACGCCCAGCAAGGAGACGGAGUUGCAAAACUAUACACGCAUGGCUAGCUCAAGGGCCAGCUCUUCACUGGACCUGGAAUGGGAGCAUGAGUACUCACAGCUGCGGCAGUAUCAGCAGCGACAGCAAAAGGAGCAGCAACCACAACAGGAUACACCGCCCCGAGUGGCCUCCCAGCAAUGCUACGCUUCUCUGGACCAAUUGACGACGGCUGCGUCGCUGGCCGCCAGUCAUGGACGACAUGCGGCAGCGCGUCAAGCCCGACUGAGCGGCCAGCGUUAUGGUGGUUCCUUUACGCGAACCUCCUGCUGCUCCUCAACACAAAACUCCUGGUCACACAUAUCCACGCCCGAGUCGCUCGAAUGGGACAUCGAUGCCGAGCAGGAGCAGCAGCGUCAGCUGCGGCAGGAGGAUGACAACCUGGACGAGGAAACUCUUAAACUAUUACAUCAAAUCGAACAGCUCAAACACCAUGUGCUUCAAGAGACUGGCGACGGCUUAAGCAUGGGCGUAGGCGCUAACGUAGGCGUGGGCGUGGCCGUGGAGGAGCUCAGCGAAGGACUACAAUUUCGAGCAUCACAUUUUGGUGUGACAAAUGGCUCAGAGCUGGAGAUCCAUAUUAGUUGAUCUGUGCACUGUAUAUAUAAUUCGUGUAAGACAUGUAAAAAUACUGAACAAGAGACCUACAAAGGACCUGCAAGGAAUGAUAGAGAAGUGCUUCUAAAAAGCUCCAAUAUAACUGACGUUUUAAAAUACCUUUUAAUAGCAGAUAUUUAAUGCUUAAGUUGGAAUCACUCCCAAUAAGAAACAUUUAUGAAAUGUCGAACAGAAAACUUCACUCAACAUGAGCAAUACUUCGGACAAUCGAAGAGGCUCUUGCAGAUAUGUGAGAUAUUUAGCUAAAGUAGCUAUAAGACAAAGUAUAGAUGUUAUUACGAUAAUUUCGACGUCAAUUAGUACGUUGCUAAUAUGUGUAAAAGCUGUUAUAGAAUAUUAUUUGAUCCGAUUACGAUACCUUAUGAAGCCUGACAGCGGCUGGCUAUAGAGAAUUCUGCAUAAGACCAAGACAUAUGUAUAUAAGAUUAUAAAAUAUCAUACGAUCUGCAAGUGUACACUGGAUAUAAGAUCCAAUUUCUAUAAGAAACAUCUGACAAAAAUAUAUUAAGUUACCUAUAAACUUUGCAUGCGAUGUCAAGGAAACUCGAAAACAAAAUUAUUGCGCAAUUUAAGUGCCUCGCAAACUACACACACAGACAGACACACACACACAGCUUCUUUUGACUCUGGUGCUACAAAGUAGCCUUACUCACACAAGAACUAUCCUAUGAAAGAUAAAAACAAAGAUUUGGAAACCGAAGAACUUACUAUAUUGCAAUUACAAAGAAUAUGCUAACUUUUUAUUAUGUUAAUAAUAUUUGCUAAAUGAUUUUCUAACAAAGAUUCACCCACUUGAACAAGAGAACUUACAGAACUUAUAUAGCAGUUAAAUAUAAUUAAAUAUGCUCCAGUUCGUUAUGUUUUAGAGAUUUAUGCUUUAUGCAGUUGAUGAAGUUAUGACGAUGGAUAUGCUAUUAAUGCACAUAAAUGCAAGAAAUAAUUAUAUUUUCAAAGUUUAUUAGGGAAAAUGCAAACAAAAUACAAAGGUACGUCCUUAUAGAGCGAGUAUUACACAUGUAUGUAUAUGUAUAUGUAUAUGUAUAUUUAGUAGUAGUUGUUGUUGUGGUUCAACUGCGACCGAC